CCGUGCCUUUUCACCAGUGGACAUCCGAAGAAUUCGCAGUUAGAGAGAGAGGAAUUUAUCUGGCGAGUGUGUCGCUCACUCAGCAGCCAGCGUGUAUAUACACUGUGGACCUCUUUUGUGUGCGUUGUAGGGAGCAUAGCUGACAUUCCGGGAAGAGAGGUGUGUGCGAGCUAAUUGCCACGCUUCAGAAGCGGCAGGUUUUCAAGCAUUCACCGCUCGUCGACGGCACAGCAGUCGGAAGAAUUCGUGUUAUUCGGUGAUCGCCUUGUGCAAAGUAUUACUGAGUCCCUGUUGCUGCGGCAAAGCCCCGCGACGUUCUAGUAAUCUCAGAGUAUACUGAACUAUGGACCCGAGCCUGCAGCAGGCGUACAAACCGAUUGAUCCCAACGCAAUGGCCGGGACACCUCCGAAAGAUUUGUUUGCAAAUGCACUCGGUGGUGGUGGUGGUCAUGGCGACGGACAGAAUUCUCAAGCUGGAAUGUCUCCUGGCAACACAUCACAGGAGAACUUGGAGGGGGAUGUAACUAACGAUGCGGAGGGAGUGUGGGCUCCGGACAUCGAACAGGCAUUUCAAGAAGCUCUCGCCAUCUAUCCUCCAUGCGGUCGGAGAAAGAUAAUCCUCUCUGAUGAGGGGAAGAUGUAUGGUACGUCUGACAAGCCCAUGUCACAUACACACACACACACAUCGAUACAACUCUGUGCAUGAGACUCAUGCAUGUUCAAAUGCAUGA